AUGGAUUACCAGAAUCGCGCAGGCUCCAAAUUCGGAGGCGGCGGCGUCGCAUCACAGUCAGCAACCAAUGCCGACCGACGAGAGCGUCUCCGAAAGCUCGCGCUUGAGACCAUCGACCUCGACAAGGACCCGUACUUCUUCAAGAACCACGUCGGAAGCUUUGAAUGUCGUCUCUGUUUGACUGUCCACCAGAACGAUGGCUCAUAUCUCGCGCAUACGCAAGGAAGGAAGCACCAGACAAAUUUGGCACGUCGUGCGGCGAAAGAACAGAGAGAAGGCAAGAGGGACGACGUAGGCCAGCAAGGACUCCUAGCUGGUGUGCUGCCCAAGAAGAACAUUAUCAAGAUUGGCCGCCCUGGUUACCGUAUCACCAAAGUACGCGAUCCGAACACACGCCAGAAUGGGUUGCUUUUCCAGUUCCAGUUCCCGGACCUCACACCCGGCAUCACACCCAAGGUCCGCGUCAUGAGCGCCUACGAACAGAAGGUGGAAGAGCCGGACCCAAACUACCAGUACUUGAUUGUUGCUGGAGAGCCCUAUGAGACAGUCGCGGUCAAGCUACAGUCGCGCGAUAUCGACAGAAGGGAGGGCAAGUUCUGGUUCUGGUUCGACGAGGAUGCCAAGGAAUUCUGGUGUCAGAUCCUCUUCAAGACUGAGCGUGACGAGCGCUUCAGCGCAGUGCCAGGUCUCGCCCCUGGGAGGUAG